CUCACGUUCUACUACUUCCCGCGGAGCCCCUGCGCGCGGCGCGUCUGGCUGACGCUCAUCGAGAAGGCGCUGCCCUACCACGGCGUCAUGGUCAACCUCAUGGCCGGCGAGCAGCGCAGCGACGAGUACCUCGCGAUCAACCCGCAGGGCAAGGUGCCCGUGCUCGUCGUCCGCGGCCACGCGACGCUCCCGGACUGCACGAUCUACGAGUCCCAGGCCAUCUGCACCUUCCUCGACGAGGCCUUCCCCGAGUCCAAGCCCCUCUACCCGAGCGACCUCGCCGCGCGCACGGACGUCGAGCAG